AUUAGUCGCCUGAAGGAGACACGAUUAGUCAUCGGGCGACUAAAUCUCCCCAAAAUCUUCCCUUAGGGUCAAAGCUUUCUCCUUCUCGCCCAACUAGAGGUGCUCAUUGGCAACAUACAACGGCACAAGCAGGCACCAAACAGCUGCCAUUUUGGAGUUUGCAACUGCCGCCCAGAAUAUUUUUUACUGUCUGUAUUUACUUGCUGCCUACUAAAACCAGUGGCUUCCAGUCCAUUGUGGUUUAUCCAUCAACACAGGUUUCCUUCCUAUUGCUGCUUUUAGAAAAAAAGAAAAAAAAAGAGGUAGUUUGUGGGACAAACGUCUAAAUACAGAACUGAUAAAUAGCGGAGGUUUGUGCCUGACGGCUCCACUUCAAUAACAAGGAAGAGUCUCCGCUCCGAAAGCUUUUAGGAUUCAGCAAUUACAGGAGAAGGAGGACGUCGGCUCCGCUAUCUGUGGCCAUGAGAAGGAUGAGCUGGAAUGUGCUCAAUGUCCUCAAGGAUGUCUGGUGUGCCUAUUCAAAUCCCAUUCCAAAAAACAGGACCCAACUCCUUUUGCUGAUUAUUUUGUGCUGCAUUAUUUCUGCAUCUAUUGGGCUUCUUCUCCAUAACUGGCUGUUUAGAUCCCUCCAUUACCAUACUCUACUAACUGUCACCCUGUCAUCAGUUGUCUCCACCAUUACAUUCAUCGUACUGGUUCUAAUGCACCCAAUUCGCUGCAUGGUAACCAUCAUGUUGCCAGUCAUGGGCACCAAGCAAGGUCGAAGGCUCUUGUUAAGCAUUUGUUUUAUGCAGAUAGCAUUGAAAAUCAUCCCUAAUAUCAUCUCCAACAUGAGAGCGGUUCCUCGCACGUUAGGGUGCAUUUCACGGCACUCUGCCGAGAUGCUUUUAAAUUCAACAUUCUUAUUUCAAACCACUAUCACCGAUAUCAACCAUUUAGCCAAGUACGACCCGUUUGAGACCAAAACAAGCAACGUAGGGAUUUCCGCUCAAGUCAACACUUCGUUAGUAUGCGACCGUAUAUCAAAGAUAUCUGAGAAGGUCCAAAAGGACUUAACAGCAGUAGCAUUACUAUUUAAGGACCGUGUCCUCCUAUCCAACAGAAUUAUUGCUGGAAUUUUCGUUUUGGUUCUACUGUUCAAUGCUACGUGGUAUCUGAAGAGGUAUCUGACGGAUCUCAAGUUUGACAACCUGUACAUCACCAAAAGACUGGAGAAACUUGCUUUGGAGAACAACGGCAGCCAUCUGCUCACGUCUUCCAGGGUAAAGCUCAUAAGGUCAACGGGCCUCAAGCUUUCCAAGAUGGAAAUCCUACACUACAUAAUCCGAUCACUGAUACUGGUGUCUUUUGGUCUGUUCAUCGCCAUGACUAUAGCCGUUGACCACAUCACCUACCAGUUUGCCCUGACCGUUGGAGAGUGGGUAGAAAAGGUGCCUUCGGUACAAAUUGAAUUUGACAUAAAGUAUCGUGCAACUAUCAAUUUGGGCUUAUUGACAAUGAACCGUCCAUUUCACAAAAUGUACAACUGGAACAUCACUUUUGUCUCCUCACAAUGUAGAACCCAAGCGACCCCUCCAGAUUAUUCUGUGGCCCGCAACGUUGUACUCAUCUGUUGUGUGAUUUCCGCCAUGAUACUUCUAGAAGCCUACGCCCAUCGCUUGUGCCGAAAAAUCUCUGCCUCCUUUUAUGAACAGCGAGAAGAACAAAGAGUUUCCUAUUUAUUUCAAAAGAUACUACGGAAACACAAAAAUGUUCCAGAUUUUCCCAUAUGAUGUCUUAUUAGAUCGUAGCCAACAUCAAGAACCUGCACAGAACGCAAUAUUCAGAGGGUGGUCAUGGUGAAUUUGUUUCAGGAGGGUCACUCUGUAGAACAUCAUUACUCACGGGGAGAUAGAAUUGACUUGAGAGGGGAAAAAAAAAAAAGUGUAUCCAAAAUGCUGAAUUAAUUGUAGUCUAUGGGUAGAUCCAGUAAGACCCUUGGGAUAAUGGCAGUCUAUAGUCUUUCAGUCUAAAGGUAAUAUUUAUUGAAGGGAUUCAAAAUGGAAUAUUCCAGUGCGGCUUCUUGUACUUUUGGGGGGAAAAAAUAACACAAUACAGGAAAGAAUACCUGGAAUUCUACAUGAAAAGUAAUGGAAAUUACAGUAACAAUUAAAACAGACGCAGGGUUGGGUUUAGAAAGAGUUCCGGGUAGACUCCAUUCUGCCAGAACAAUGGACAAACAAAUCCAAGUCCACCAGGUCAAACCACAUAUAUUUGUAGAAGUAGAACAGUUAUAGUCCUUCUUUAAGAAAUAUUUAAGGCUCCAUUUACAACCAAUGGGGAGAAAAGCAACAUAAAGUCUCAAUAAAGGACCAUGUUUUUUUGC